CAAAUCUCACGUGCAAUGGUCUAUCUUUGGAAAAUAUCUCCAAGCUCCUCCUCCAAACAAAGCGCUUCUUGUUGUCGAGUCAGACCAACGGCUCUCAAUAUUUCAGGCUUUUGGCUCUGUUAUUGCUAUCUCUGUCUUUGUCUCCAUCUAUUUGCUUCUACUUAUUCAAGUUUACGAAACCUAGAAGAAUUCUGUUCUCUUCCUCUUUUAUCGACACUCUGGAGUUUCAUUUCCGGAUCAAUGUUGUAUGCAGUCUCUGCCCCUAAACCUUACAUUUCCUCUCCAAGAAGUUAUCUCUUUCAGCAAAGGCAUUUAGUUUCCACUAGGUUGUCUGUACGUGCUUCAUUACCAGAUAACAGCAACGGGGUUAAAGUAGAGUAUACUCCUUGGCUAAUUGUUGGAUUGGGUAACCCUGGAAAUAAGUACCAUGGCACUAGGCACAAUGUUGGAUUUGAAAUGAUCGAUCAGAUUGCUCGAGCUGAAGGUGUUGUGAUGAACACAAUUCAAUCAAAGGCGCUGAUUGGAAUAGGUUGCAUCAAAGAUGUUCCAAUUCUGUUGGCGAAGCCUCAGGCUUAUAUGAACUUUAGUGGGGAAUCGGUCGGACCACUUGCUGCUCAUUAUCAAGUGCCUUUGCGACAUAUUAUAUUGAUAUAUGAUGAGAUGAGCCUACCUAAUGGUGUUGUCAGGCUUCAGCCAAAAGGAGGACAUGGCCAUCACAACGGAGUGAAGAAUGUGAUUGAUCAUUUGGAUGGUUGCCGGGAAUUUCCUCGACUGUGUAUAGGUAUUGGAAAUCCACCUGGCACCAUGGACAUGAGAGCUUUUCUUCUUCAGAAGUUCAGUUCCACAGAGAGAGAACAAAUUGAUGCAGCAUUAGAACAAGCGAAUGAGGCUGUGAGGACCCUGGUUCUGAACGGAUUCAAUCGAAGUAUUACCAGAUUUAAUCUGGGACAAAAGUACAAGUAUAACAAAGUUUGAAUCUAACGGGGUGAAUGAUUCCACCAAUAUGGUGCUGACUGCAAAGUAUACCAAUUAGUACUAAAUGGAUUUCACCAAUAUUAUCACCAAUUCUAAGCUGGAACAGAAAUACAGAUAUUGAUGUUUUGAAUCGUAUAAGAGCGGCAUAGAGAAAAUGUGAUGUCAGUUGAGUUGAAAAAACUUUUUAUCUUUUCGGAACCAAGAGAUGAAAGUUCUUGAAAUAUAAUGUUCAUGGUAUUCUAGGCUCUUUUCCUUUA